ACUGUUGGAUUCACGAAGUUAUUCUCGUAGGGCUAUUUGUAGGUUGAGGAAAAUGUAGGGAUGAAACAAAUCAUGGAUGAAAUAACUGUACUGUUGAAUUACAAAGAUAACCAAGUUGAACAAGUUACCUCAUCUAUGAGAAAAUGGAAUAGGUCAACUGAUAGAAACAUUGGAUUACCAGCUCUACAAGUUGUCUUGAAAAUGAUAAAACAGAGUAAGUUAUCAAGAAACAUUGAUUGUCCUGGUACAACACCGAGAAGUUAUUUUUCUGCUGAGCAUAUUUUUGCUGGAGGUUUUAGCUCAAAUAUUAAAGACACUCCUGCUGGUCUUACAAAUCAAUAAUCUCCCGCAUCAAUCCAAACUCCAACAGAAAAUAUUGAAGGCACUUCUGUUGGUCUUGCAAAUCAUGAAUCUUCAGCAUCAAUCCAAACUCCCUCCGAUGAUAAUGUACCUGCAUAUAAUAGGCGUUGAAGUGGAGUUAGAGGAGUAUAUAAAGGAGUUGUUUUGGAUAAGAUGACCAAUGGCAAUAAACGGAAAUUGAUGGUAUGUAUACCUCCAGGUGAUUACUACCGUCCUGUUGAUGAGAAUGCAGUGCAGUUAUCAUCUUGGAUAGGUAGCUGUGUCAGAUCCACAGUGAUUGCUCCUAUGUAUUCAUGAGAAGUAGCUGAGUAAAAACAUGGUGAACAAAUAAUGAAGAUGAUUACGGACUAUUUUGAUGUUAGUUAUGAGAGCCCUCUGAAAUGGAAGAAAAAAAGAAGAAAAUUGUUCAAGUAACCAUGAUACGUAUGAGGAUAAAUUAGUGAAGUUUUACAAACACUGUUUUGAAAGGAUGGGAGAAUUGUAUAGGAAGUGGAAGCACAAUCUCCACAAGGAGUAUGAGAAAUACUCAACAGAUGAAGAGCGCAUGCGCAAUAUUCCUGAGGGACUAACUGAAACUACUUGGGCAGAGAUGAUUAAAAUUUUUUCAGACCCAAAAUUUAAGGGAAAAAGUGAUAAAAAUUCAGAAUGUCGAGCAGAACUGAAGAUGUGAUAACGUGCCAAAUUAAGCACUCAAUGACUAGAAUGUCUGAUUUUUGGGGACGUGAAUGUCUAUGUAACUAAGUCUUCCGUGACGUUCAAUGUGUCCCCUGACGUUCGAAGGAUACUAUAAUAAUUAACAUAUUUUUACUUCUAAUUAAUAUUUCUAAAAGGCUUAAAACUCAAAGUUUGCCCUAAUUUAGUUUCUAAUUUCACGUACUCCUCCUUUGUAGCUCUACUGGUUUGUUACGUCUUAUAAUUCCUUGUUUUGGAUGGUGGCAUAUAAUUUAUUAAAUGAGUUCUAGUUUG